AUGGAAACCAAAUUUUCUAAUAUCUCAGUUACUGAUAUAGUAAACACCGAAAAUUGUUCAUAUUGCAAAAAACCCUUUACUGAAGAAUUAUGGUGUAAAGAAUGUAUAAAUUGUUUAGAAAAAUCAGCAGAAAAUGGUUUCACUGAUUCAAUGUAUAAUUUAGCCAUAUGUUAUGUAAAUGGAGAAGGAACAGAAAAGAAUUUAGAAAAAGCCUUUUAUUGGUAUCAAAAAGCAGCAGAAAAUG